GCGCCGGGGCGGACGGGGCGAGCCCGGGCCGGGCCCCGCAGCGUCCUGCUGCUGGCGGACGGGGCUGCCCGGGGUCCCGGCGGACGGCUCUCUCCUCCCCCGCCAUCUGCAUUGAAGCGCCGGGGAGCCGGAGCUAUCCGCUCCCGGGUCUGCCAAGGUGGAAAUCCUUGAUGGGAAGACAAAGAAACAGCUAUGCUACCUAGAUAAGGUGGAACCAAAUGCCACAAUUAGGGAGAUCAGAUUGAUGUUCCAUAAAUUAUAUCCUCGGUGGUAUCCAGCAAGACAGUCGAUAAAACUUGAUCCAAAAGGAAAGUCCCUGAGGGAUGAGGAAAUCCUGCAGCACCUCCCUGUUGGCACAACUGCUACCUUAUACUUUAAAGAUUUAGGGCCACAGAUAGGAUGGACUACGGUAUUUUUGAUAGAAUAUACAGGUCCAUUGUUCAUCUAUUUUCUGUUUUAUUUCCGCAUGCCUUUUGUCUAUGGACUGGAUGAGAGGUUUACAUCAAGCCCGCAUCCAGUAGUUAACUUGGCAUGUAUCUGCCAUUCUUUCCACUACAUCAAAAGGUUGAUUGAAACAGUAUUUGUUCAUCGGUUCUCCCAUGGGACUAUGCCACUGAGGAAUAUUGUGAAGAACUGCUUGUAUUACUGGGGAUUUGCAGCUUGGCUUGCUUAUUACAUCAAUCAUCCUCUUUACACUCCUCCUUCUUAUGGGAAAAAACAGAUAAAUUUUGCUGUGAUCAUGUUUCUGCUGUGUGAAGCUGGAAAUUUUUCCAUUCAUGUUGCACUCAGUGACCUCCGGAGAAAUGGAUCCAAAACCCGUAAGAUCCCAUAUCCAACAAAGAAUCCUUUCACAUGGCUGUUUUUCUUUGUAUCUUGCCCUAACUAUACAUAUGAGGUGGGGACCUGGAUCAGUUUCACUAUCAUGACUCAGUGUGUUCCAGUGGGGCUGUUCACCUUGCUUUGCUUCAUUCAGAUGACAAUCUGGGCAAAGGAUAAACACUGCACCUAUCUACGAGAAUUCAAGGAUUAUCCAAGUCUUCGAAUGCCAAUUAUUCCAUUUUUGUUGUAAGAAAAAAGGAUUAAUUUGAAUAUUGCACAGAACUUCAAGAAGAAAAAGCUCAUAAACCUCCUGCCAAAUAAGUGAAUUAGUUUAAAGGAUUUGGGUGCAUGUUGAAUCUCCACUGCUGAGGGAAAUUGUUUGCACUUGAAAGCCAUACUUCCUUACAUUCAAGAAUUCUCAACUCAGAAGCACCUUCAAAAAAUAAGGCUUCAUUGCACAGCUGGUAGUCAAAAGCCCCUACGGUUCACUGUAACCUGAUGGACUUAGAUUUUCCUGUACUAGUCUAUUUAGAUUGAUGGAUCAGAGAUACUGAGAAGUCUGUGCUGAAAAGCAGCUCCAAAUUUAGCAGUGGCAUUCUGCAAGAUAUAAGUACAUUGGAACGAGUACAUACCAGCUAACUACUAGAGAGCUCAGCUCAGCCAGAGUGGCCAGCUGGCCUGAAGACGAUUGCAUGAUCUGUCGUCUUUGACUUGAAGAAGAGAGUGUGCUGCCUGGAGGCAGGUGCUUUGUAACAAAUAACAUUACCAAAGAAUAUGAAUUGUUCCUGGAAUAAAGAAACAGGCAAUAUCUCAAAUACCUGAUUUGGGUCUAACCCCUAACUUGCCAAGAGAAUCUGAAGAAGUAUUUGUGGAUGUAAGAUCCUGCAUUGUUGGGGUUUUUUUGUUUGUUUUUUUUUUUUAGUCUUCUACCUUAGUAAAUUGCAUACUAGUAAAUAAGGUUCAGAAGAUCUGAUCUAUGCUAUAUCUGUGAUUUUGGGCCUGUUUUCAUAUAACAAGCCCUUAUGAUACUAAAGGACCUUUUACCUAGCAUUUUAUGUCAGCAUUCUCUGAAUAAUUUUUAAUACACUUUGUAAAUACAUGAAGUGACUACUAGUCCUCAGAAUGCUAGCUCCCUUCCUAUUUUCAGAGCCAGGGAGAAAAAUCAGCUACAUUUUGGACUUCCUGGGUUUUUUUUUCUCAAGAUGUUCAGUGGUACUUAGUUGGGUUUUGUGCAAAUCUAGUAAAAAAAGACUAUUGCAAUCUAUUUGAAUGACAUUUUAAAGAAGCUAUUUUAGAAUAUGAAAAGAAUGCAAAGAUACUGUUUUGUUUCAUGAUUAAUUUAUUUAUCUACAAUGGAUGUAUACAAAGAUUUUUGCAACUAUUUGUAAGGGUGAAAUAUGCAAUAAAUUCUAGACUAUAUUUUGAAAUCAGUUGAAAUAAUUAUGGCAAAACAGGAAGACUACAGCUGGUUGCUGGAGUUUCAUAAUAUUUUGUACAGUAAAAAGCAAGAAUGUCCAUAUAUAUAUAUAUAUA